AGAGGCAGGGGCUAAGAGCUUCCCAGUUGUAGACUUCUGCUUGUUUUAGCCUUUUUAGAUGAAAAAGUUGUAUCUGUGUGGACCUAGUUUAAGUUUAGAGUAACCAUGGCAAAAGAAAAACCACCUCACUGGUCGGAUAUUUUAAAAAGGCGGUUAGCAAACUCCAAAAAAGACGAGAGAAGCGAAGAGGAGAAGAAAGCCGAGGAAACUGAACUGUUUAGUAAAUAUUACUCCCAGUGGAAGGGAGGAGGCCACCGUGACAGCUCCUACAAGAACAUCCCUCGCUUCUACUACAGGCUACCAGCAGAGGAUGAGGUAUUACUCCAGAAGCUAAGAGAAGAGUCCAGAGCUGUCUUCCUCCAGAGGAAGAGCAGAGAGCUUCUGGACAAUGAGGAGCUACAGAACCUGUGGUUUCUGCUGGAUAAGCACCAGGUGCCUCCAAUGACUGGAGAGGAGGCCAUGAUCAGCUAUGAAGCCUACCUGAAGGUGGGGGAGAAGGCUGGGCCCAAGUGCAAACAGUUCUUCACGGCCAGAGUGUACGGCAAGCUGCUCCACAACGACCCCUAUGGAAGGAUCUCAAUCAUGCAGUUCUUCAACUAUGUCAUGCGGAAAGUGUGGUUGCACCAGACCAGGAUAGGUCUGAGUUUGUAUGAUGUGGCAGGACAAGGCUACCUCAGGGAAUCGGAUCUGGAGAACUACAUUCUAGAGCUGAUUCCCACUCUGCCCCAGUUGGACGGACUGGAGAAGUCAUUCUACUCCUUCUACGUCUGCACUGCCGUUCGCAAGUUCUUUUUCUUCCUCGACCCCCUCCGCACCGGAAAGAUAAAGAUUCAGGAUAUCUUGGCGUGCAGUUUUCUGGAUGACCUGCUGGAGCUGAGAGAUGAGGAGUUGUCUAAAGAGAGUCAGGAGUCUAACUGGUUCUCAGCUCCCUCUGCUCUCCGAGUUUAUGGCCAGUAUCUUAACUUGGAUAAAGACCAUAACGGCAUGUUGAGCAAAGAGGAGCUUUCCCGCUACGGCACAGCCACUCUCACCUCCGUCUUCCUGGACAGAGUUUACCAGGAGUGCCUCACCUAUGAUGGAGAAAUGGACUAUAAAACCUAUCUAGACUUUGUAUUGGCUCUGGAGAACAGGAAGGAGCCGGCGGCGUUACAGUAUAUUUUUAAACUGCUGGACAUGGAGAACCAAGGAUACCUCAAUGUCUUCUCUCUCAAUUACUUCUUUAGGGCCAUUCAGGAGCAGAUGAAGCUCCACGGCCAGGAGCCUGUCUCUUUCCAGGAUGUCAAGGACGAGAUCUUUGACAUGGUGAAGCCUAAAGACCCGUACAAGAUCACGCUGCAGGACCUGGUGAACAGCUGCCAGGGCGACACAGUGACCAGCAUCCUGAUCGACCUCAAUGGCUUCUGGACCUACGAGAACAGAGAGGUGCUGGUCGCCAAUGACAACGACGGCAUCAGCUCAGUCGACCUCGAUGACACAUAAACAUGGUUUCGGUGUUGGUUGGCUUUUCACGAUAGAGGAGAGGGAAAGAGAGACAGAGAGAUGAAUUAGUGUAUGGAAGGAGGAAGGUCAGGAAUGGUGGAUUAUUUAAAUAUUGUUUAUGAGCCUGUUUUGUAUUACAAAGUAAAUAUGAAUUAAUGUGUGUAUUGUUUUUUAGCAGAUGUAUUAAAAAUGUCUCCUUGUGCCUUGAAUUUUCCCCCAACUUCCCCUCCGGACCUCCUUACCUAACUCUCAAAGACUGAAAACUGACUAUUACUGUUUCUUGCUUCAAGAUUCAACUUACUUGUAUAUGUUCACAAAUGUUGCCCCAGACCAUAUGUUGGAAUAAGCAUUAACCUCUUAAAUGUUUGUCUUUAAGUAUGUUGAUAUUUAUAACCCAUCUUUCAAUAAAAUGUAUUUUGUAAUGAU